AUGGAUACCCGUUUUCCUCCCGGAUAUUACUCUGCCACCGAAUACUGUUUUCACGAGGAACAGGCCGACGCUAUUGUUCGAACCGCAGCUUACCAUCGUAAAGAUUACUGUCGCUCUGUGAUAUGGUUCUCGCCUCGGGAACAUGUUGGUAUUCGUCCAUCGAUAGCAACACCUUUCCAGCGGGAUUCUCAUACGGGACUCGGCCCUCUAGAUCGCCUACCCCUCGAACUCUUGUAUAACGUGCUAUUACUUUUGGACAUGCGUUCUCUGUUCAACUUUCGACAAAUAAAUCUUAGAUCGAGACGGGCGGUUGACUCUCUCAGGCAAUAUCAGAUGGUGGUCUCCUAUGGACUGAACCUUUUCUGCGCUUUGCUACGAACGCAACUUGCUAGCACUAUUUCUCUUGCCGACUUUUACUACGCACUAUGUACCAAAGCUUGUACUUUUUGCGGCGAAUUUGCCGGGUUUAUAUCCAUCUUAACCUGGAAUCGAUGUUGCUUUAAGUGCCUCCGAGAAGCUCCGGAAGGCAGAGUGCAAUCUCUUAGAGCUGUCCGAAAGAAAUUUCACUUGCCUACGGCCGGGUCAGCUCAAUUAAGAUCAUUAAAGGUUCUACCCGGGAUAUAUUCAAUGAACGAGACUGUAUACAAGUUCCGUAUCGCGGUCGUUUCUGUUCACCAGCUCACAUUAGUUCCCAGACACGAUGUAUCAGGGUGGGUGAUACCGGAAGGAAAUCCAAAUUUCAGGUUUAUGGUAUCCUGCGCACUUCCUUAUUUUGAUAGACAAACCGGCAAGGUCGAAUGUGGAAUGUCGUGUGCCGGAUGUCAGCUCGCUCUCGAAAAAUGCAUCAUCGGCUCCAGGGGCGAGAGGUGGGCAUUCGAGGCCCGUGACAAGGUAUAUGCGCAAGAUGGCUUUUUGGAACACUUUCGACGGUGUGAACAAGCCCAACUCAUAUGGAGAUCGAGUGAUGAGGGUAAGAGCCAGUCGACCGAGCUGCCCGAGGCUGCCCGAAGAGGAGGCUACUUCAAAGAGAGAGAAUAA